AUGAAAUCAUUUACUUUGCUUGCUGUUGUGUGUUUGGUGUCUGCGGUGGUGUCAGAUACUAUACAGUUGGAACCUUCGGAAGGUAUUUUAAUACCAGCACCAGUUGCUGAAUCAUUACGUUUUGCUCGUUCAGCCUAUGGUGGAUAUUCAGCUGCUCCAGCAUACUCGCCACAAGCUCCACCAUCGUACUCGGCUCCUGCCGCACCUUCAUAUUCUGCACAAGCUGCCCCAUCGUAUGCGGCUCCAGCAGCACCAUCGUAUUCCGCACCAGCUGCACCAUCUUAUUCUGCACCUGCUGCACCAUCAUAUUCAGCUCCUGCUGCUCCCUCCUAUGGGGCACAAUCAUACUCAAAACCAGCUGCUCCUUCAUACUCAGCACCUGCUGCACCAUCAUAUGGAGCACCUGCUGCUCCUUCUUACUCAGCACCGGCUGCUCCUUCUUAUUCGGCACCUGCUGCACCAUCAUAUGGAGCACCUGCUGCUCCUUCUUACUCAGCACCUGCUGCUCCUUCUUAUUCGGCACCUGCUGCUCCUUCAUAUUCAGCACCUGCAGCCCCUUCAUAUUCAGCUCCAGCUGCCCCUUCAUAUUCAGCUCCAGCCGCUCCUUCUUACUCAGCUCCUUCAUACUCAAAACCAGCCGCUCCCUCUUAUUCGGCUCCUGCUGCACCUUCAUAUUCAGCGCCUUCAUAUUCAAAACCCGCCGCCCCUUCAUACUCAGCUCCAGCCGCUCCAUCUUAUUCCGCACCAGCAGCUCCCUCAUACUCAAAACCAGCAGCCCCUUCCUACUCAGCCCCAUCCGCUCCUUCCUAUUCCGCACCAGCUGGUCCCUCAUACUCGCAGCCUUCAUACUCUUUGGCAUCUCCACCACCCGCCUAUUCAGCACCUGCUGCUCCAGCACCAUCCUACUCAAAACCGGCUGCACCAUCCUACUCCAAACCGGCUGCUCCCGCAUAUUCUGCCCCAGCAGCUCCUGCACCCGCCUACAAACCGACAACCAUACCAGCUCCACCUUGUCCCAAAAACUAUUUGUUCAGUUGUCAACCGAAAUUGGCGCCAGUUCCUUGUGCUGCUCCUGCUGCUUCCUAUUCUGGUGCCUACUCCCACUAUGUGCCACAAUACGCCAUUCCCGUUGUAAAGGAAUUGUAUUGA